AUGGGGGAGACAACACCGGCCGGGGUUAAGAAACUGGCUUGUCGGGUCUGCAACAAGGCCUUUUCAAAAGCAGAACAUUUGAGAAGACAUGAACGCUGCCACACCGGAUCGAAGCCUUUUGUUUGCAGAGACUGUGCGCGGCCCUUUGCCCGUCAGGAUGCUCUCACUCGUCAUGAGAAACUGCACAUGCGGACUCCAAACGCCAAAAAUGAUCCUCAACCUACGCCGCUGGCGUCCCAAACUGCCUCGAUAGAGGAUACACUUCCUGCGUGGAAUUCGAAUCCUCCUUCAACAGCAGCUCCGACGCCUCCUGCUAGCACAACAUGGGAAACAUCGCAGUCUACGCAGCAGUCAAAUCUGCAUGCGGCUUCUGACCUCGAUUUCAGCUUGAUUUGGCCCGACUCGGAGAAUUUGUUUCAGAGUAUCAUGUCCACAGGUACGACGGACCAGUGGCAGAUGCCGCUGGGGACGCUGCCGUUUCCUCCGGUUGUGCAGGAUGUCAACACGAUGAACUUUGGGUCUCCUAAUUCGUUUGAUGAUCGAAGUUCGUCAAUUGGUACUAUUCCGUCUGGGGGGAGUCAUCAAGCUGUGCAUGAUGUCACGGAGAUGGUGACGAGCUCGUCAUCGAGCGUAACAGCCGAGGUGAAAGCGAAAUCGAUUACUUCAGUCUUCCUCGAUGAAUGUCUUCACAUGUUCUUCGUCAGAUUCAUUCCGACGUUUCCUAUCUUGCAUCGAGCAACGUUCAUUUUUCGGGAAUGCACACAUCCGCUCCUGUUGAAUGCAAUAGCAAUUGGUUCGCUAUAUUUAGGGCCUAAGGAUUCAGUAGCGAAGGGAGAGGCUUUAUGGCGCCUAGCACACACUGCCGUUGCGACAUCAUGGCAAUCGAUGAUAACACAUCGUGGUCCGUACGAUGCAUGUAAAGGUGUGCAGCUGUUGAUAACAGCUCUUCUGGGACAAAUAUACGGCGCUUUGUCAAAUAAUAGAGGCAUUCGCACCACGAGUCAGGUAUUCCGUCCGCUUGGUUUCUUUUGGGCAAGACAUUGCGGUAUGCUGGACAGUCCGCCGUUUCCCCCGGAAAACCUGCCGUUCUAUGAUUCCCCGAUUGCAGAGAAAGAACAUCAAUGGCGGAUUUGGGCAGCGAGGGAGAUUCAACAACGAGCAUUACUCGCAUAUCAUAUUCUAGACGGUCUGGUUGCACAAAUGUCUGGGGACGGUGCUUCGGCCCGGCACGUUGCGAACCCGCUCAACCUCCCUAGUAGUGAAGCGGCAUUUGAUGCCAGCACUACUGAUGAAUGGCUAGUCCACAUGCGCUCACUGAAGACAGAUCAGCCCUCAUUCCGCCUGGUGUUUCGCUCUCUAUUCCCUCCUGUUGGCAGCUUCCGCUCGCUAGACUACCAGUUCUCGGCGUUUGCCCUCCGCGUCGUUCUGGAAGCUCUGCAAUCACUCGUUUCCGACUCCGACGAGAGUGAUCUAGCAUCCGUCGGGGUUCCCGACCGCUCAGACGUUAGAAGAGCUCUAGCCCAAAUCCACGAGACAAUCUCAAUGAGCAUCCAUCUCUCACCACCAGAAAGACUAGAAAUACUCCUCCGAUGGCACACAAUAUGCCUCGACACAAUGAUCAACUCCACCAUCCUCUGCAGACACGUCUGCUCACGCUACAACAUCACCCAAUCUGUCUCAGGAGGCUCCCGCACACUCAAGUCCGGAUUCGACAUGGUCAAAUGGAUCCACACAGAAGACGCCCGUCGCGCUCUUCUCCACGCCAUCGCCAUUCAAGAUAUCAUCGAGCAACUCCCCCGUGGUCGCGCGCAUGUCAUCCACAUGCCUAGCUCCCUAUUCGCAGCAGCUACGAUAUACUUCGUUUUCUCCAUCGCCGGCGUCGCAACCGUUCGUCUCCCGAAUAGCAUCAUCUGGCAAGACGCGCUGCUCACACGCUCUGACUUGAACCUGGGAAGCACAGACAUGCGUCCAGCACCCGGUGGAUCUGAGACUCGACGGUUUGCUGAGACUGGUCGAACAGAUUCCCCGCCAUCUGUCGGGGCUGUGAGGAAUAUGCUGUACGAGCUGAACUCGAUACAGAAGUUGUUCCGGUGUCUAUGCUCGCAGUGGGGGAUUGCGUUUGAUAUGGAGGAGAUUAUUGAUCAGUGGAUUACAUUGUGUCAUUAGGGUGUCUCGUUUUCUCGUUUGUUAUUUUUGUAUUUGUCUAGAGCAUGGCUGGGUUACUGGCGUUCUUGACCUCAUAUAUAUAUAUACAUAGUGGAUGGUCAAUAUUAGGGUUCUCGAUUUAAUCAAGAUGAAUUGUCUCUAC